CAAGGACUCAUCCUGCCGCUGGAGUCCUUCAAGUUCCUCAAGCCGGUGGAGAUCUUCCUCGGAGUUCCGUACGCGACGCCGCCGACCAAGCUCAAUCGAUUCAGUCCCACCCGAACGACGUCGCCGUGGGACGGGAUCCGGAUAUCAGACAAAUACAGUGCCGUGUGUCCUCAGAGGCUGCCAAAAGUAACUAAUGAGACUCUGGCUCUUGAAAAGAUGCCAAGAGGCCGAUUAGAAUAUCUGAAGCGUCUGCUGCCAUUCCUGCAGAACCAAUCCGAGGAUUGUCUCUACUUGAACGUCUUUUCUCCGGUGCACGCUGCGACGGCAGAGAAGAAGCUUCCUGUUAUUGUCUUCAUACACGGAGAGUCAUUUGAGUGGAACAGUGGCAAUCCAUACGAUGGCUCAGUCCUGGCCAGCUACGGAGACUUAGUAGUUGUCACACUAAAUUAUCGAUUAGGUAUAUUAGGUUUUCUCAAUGCCAAUCCGAGCCCUCAAAUCCGAGCUCGCGUGGCGAACUAUGGCCUUAUGGAUCAGAUGGCGGCGCUGCACUGGGUGCAGCAGAACAUCGCCAAGUUCGGCGGCGAUCCCACGUCAGUGACACUCUCGGGUCACGGCAGCGGCGCGGCAUGCAUCAACUUCCUUAUGACGUCGCCGACAAUGGUGCCGGGUCUAUUCCAUCGCGCCAUCCUGCUCUCGGGCUCGGCGUACGCGUCAUGGGCCAUCGUCGAGGACCCGGUCGUGUACGCCCUGAAGCUGGCCAAGGAGCUCAACUGCACCAUCCCUCAAGACAUGAUUAAGAGCCACGAGCAAAUUGUCGAUUGCCUUCGUGAUAUCCCACUCGAAGACUUGCUGGCGGUCGACAUCGAAGCGCCCAGCUUCCUUUCCGCCUUCGGGCCGUCAGUGGAUGGAGUUGUGAUAAGACGGGGAUUAUCGAAUCAAGACCCCGAUCUGCCAGCGGCCAUGAAGCGUUCCCAGGAAGUGCGAUACGAUCUCCUGUUCUCCGUGGUGACAGGAGAGGCUCUGUGGCGGUUCAGCAAUGUCGACAUCCUGAACGGCUUCGAGGGCGAGCGUCGCGAUAAGAUCAUCCGGACGUACGUCCGCAAUGCCUACACUUUUCACCUCAGCGAGAUUUUCUACACGGUCGUGAACGAGUACACGGACUGGGAGCGGACGUCACAGCAUCCCAUCAACACGAGGGACGCCGCAGUGGCGGCUCUGUCGGACGCGCAGUUCGUGGCGCCACUUGUGCACACGGGAGACACGCUGGCGCCUCCGCCGGCGCUGCCCGGCCAGGAGAAGUCCGGCCCCAAGUGCUUCUUCUACGUGUUCGACUACCAGACCAAGGAGGGCGACUAUCCGCAGCGCAUGGGAACGGUUCACGGCGAGGACUUGCCAUACAUCUUUGGGGCUCCGCUGGUGGACGGCUUCAGCCACUUUCCCCACAAUUACACCAAGGCAGAAGUGUCUCUAUCCGAGUCUAUAAUCCUCUUCUGGAGCAAUUUCGCCCGAUCUGGGAAUCCAAAUGAACAUCACAGGCAAGACACUCUGAUGGCAGCAUCAAAAGAGAGGAAUCGCUUUAGGGGCAUAACAUGGGAUGAAUAUGACCCUGUCCAUCAGAAGUACUUGGAAGCUGGGAUGAAGCCAAGAAUGAAAAACCACUUUCGAGCCCAUCAACUGUCAAUUUGGCUGAGACUGAUCCCUGAACUCCAUCGGGCGGGGAUGGAGGAUGUCAUUGCCAGGCAUAACUUAUUCAGAAACCACGACAACAUGGAUCUCUAUGAUGGUCUCGUGAAGCCAGAUACGCUGUCUCGACUGUCAUUCCUCGAGGAGACACUGCGACGUGGAAAUUCCAGUGAAAUUGCGUCAUUAGGUAUCACCACCGUCGAGCCGUCCUCGCUGACAACGUGCAUGCCUGUGGGGAAUUUCACCACACUCGUCGCCACAUCCCUCAACAGCUCCACAAGUGACACGCUGAGCGGCGACUCGGGCUACGCCGCCUACUCCACUGCCCUCAGUGUCACCAUCGCCAUCGGCUGCAGCCUCCUCAUCCUCAACGUGCUCAUCUUCGCGGGCGUGUACUACCAGCGCGACAAGACGCGCCUGGAGGUGAAGAGUCUGCAGAAGCAAUAUCAGCAGCGCGAGAUGCACCAGCAGUCUUACGACCCGAUCAAGCACGCCCACUUCCACUUGGGACACUCGCAGUCAUCGAAUGUGAUUGUCGAUGUGGAGAAUCACGAUUCGGGCACCAUUCUGCUCUCGAACGACAUCAAGUCGCCGCACAUCUGUAGCAACAGCAUCCAAAUAAAUACGACUGGCGGAUGCAUUCAGACCAAAAUUCCACUGACUGACUCCAGCACCGGCACGUACAAGAGCCGAAGCGAGCAAGUGACGCUGCCCAUGAAGAAUGCCCAGAUAUUCACCCGGGGCGGCGCUGGGGCGACAUUCACGGGCAUGAUGACACUGCCCAAGUCCACGGGAAUGCAGACGCAGCAGCAGAUCACGUACAGAACGGAGUGCACGACGCUGCCACGGAACACAAACAGCUCCACCAUGACAGAGGCUCAUCCAAAUAAAACCCGUUUGGAGGCAUUUUCGGCACUAAAGGACGCUGUGACUCUUCAACUUCUGAUGCUGUCUCUACAUGUGUUGGGAGCUUAGUGAAAUCUGUUAGGUGCCUCGAGACGUUGGCCUAAAUUAAACCACAGCACAUCGAGGAUUACUGCAGAGAGUUGGUGCCCUUAAAGUGUUCUUCGCGUUUCAGGGUUGACAAUUAAAAUUCCAUUGUCGUGACGUUGAGCAAGAUUUCGGUGCUGCACUUGCGAGCACGUGCAGAGAAUGGUGAGUUCUGAGCAUUUGUGUGGUGCAAUGAGAAGGUGCCAAAGCAUCUCCAACUAUUAUGAUUCUUAGUAAUUAAACUCUCGAAUGUAAAUAUCAUACUCAUAGUGUUUAGCUAUAAAAACAUCAUCCUUAACAUGACGGAAACUGCUGUUGAUAUUAAUUGGCAGGAAUUCAAAGUGAGACACAUCAGCUGCAUUUGCAUACUAUUUUGCUGUGAACUGUGACGAGAGGGUGUUUCAACACGGGCUUCAAUGUAUCUUGGGUUUUGAGAGAUAAUGCGACUAUCGAUGUAAUUUCGGAUUGUUAAGUUACAGUGAGAGUUGUCACUUCGCCACUCCGUAAUAGAAUAAUUGCAGAAACACCCUUUGAAAUGCAGGGAUGAAUGAGAAAAGUAGAGUAAUUGCGAGAUAUCUGAUGCAUUCAACCCGCAUGAAAAGAUAAUGAAGCACAGAGUUGGACAGCAAAAUCAAUACUUGACAAUGUGACGAUUGCAAGAAAGUACAGCUAAGGAAUAUCUCAUAUUGUGUUUGUUUGAUAUGCCAUAGAAAAGGAAUCAAAUUGUAUAAAAGAGUCCGUAAAGGAUGGAAAUAAAAAUUGAAAUAUAAGU